AUGCUGCCUCUGAGGGGAGCCAUUGAGGACAAAGCAUGGCCUGCAGCACCGCAGCAGCAGCUGACUCGAACGCCUCGCAGUGACAAUACAUCAUCCUCACCCUCAGGCUACCCAAUCCUCGUCAAGGUGGCUUCGGAUCAGGCAGUACUGGCAUCUUCUGGUGCCUUCCAGAACAUCACCGCACUGCUCCCAUCUGCACUGCAGAACUACGUGGCUGCCACCCUCGGCCACGUCUCCGACGCAUUCGCCGGGCCCAACGAGUACCUAACUGCAAGAGGAGCCUCGCCCACCGUCCUCUACUCGACCCUGGCCGGUGCCGCUGCCGUUGCUCUAUCGCUCAUCAUGUCGCGAUACGGCUGGACCGCGAACCGCGAGGGCCUGUCCCCCUUCGCCUCCCAGGCCAACAGCCAGGAGAUGCCACAUGUCACCGACGAUGACUUUAGCUACAUUACUUCCGAAGACCUCGAGGGUUCGCUGCAGCCUCCCGUCCCGUCAUAUGACCCACAGGGCCGCCGAGCCCCGACCGCCGCCGGCGUCGAGGACGACAUACUAUUGAUCAAGAACAAGAACGUCACAUAUCCCGUCCACUUCCCUGCCUACUCCAUCGGCGAUGGCAAGCUACUCGUCCAGGAUGUGCGCGAUCGUGCCGGAUUGGUCAUGGAUCUCAGUGCGCGCCGCGCUCGCCGUGUCAAGAUGCUCUACAAGGGCCGUCAGCUCAAGGAGCAAGACAUUCCCAUCCGCGACUACGGCGUCAAGAACAACAGCGAGUUGUUGGUAGUGGUUCCCGAGGGCAAGAUAUCCGACGACGAGGAUAGCAGCAGCAGCGCCGAGGAAGUUGUUGUCAUGGGUGAGGGCAAGCCGAAGAAGAAGAAGAACAGUAAGGACCGGAAGAAGAAGCCCAACAAGGACCGUGGCACUCCUCACGACAGUACUGCCAGCCUCGGGGUGCCGGGACAGACUGAAGGAGACAGCCGACGAGCAAGCCCCUCCCCCUCCCGACAACCUUCUCGCGUACCGUCUCCCGCUGUACCUUCGGGUCCGAUAGGGAAGCUAGAGGCCAUCCGAUCCCACUUCGACGCAGAGCUUCUCCCCAUAUGUCGACAAUUUACGGCCGACCCACCGAAAGAUGCCAAGAAGCGCGAGGACGAGCAUCGGAAGCUGACCGAGACCGUGAUGCAGCACGUGCUGUUGAAGCUGGACGAAGUCGAGACGGGCGGCGAUCCGGAUAUCAGAUCGCGAAGGAAGGACCUGGUCAACUAUGUCCAGGAUAUUCUCAAGGAACUUGACGAGCUUAUGCCCGCUGGUACCAAGAUCAACCGGUAA